UCACCACCGGUCCCAAACCAACACAGCACACAACAAUGGCGUUCCGCCACCGGCGUCCGUGCAGCCUCCUCCUAGUCCUCGUCCCCCUGCUGGCACUGGCAGUCGGGUCGGUGGCCGACGGCCUCGGCGACGUGACCGUCUUCUGGGGCCGGAACAAGGACGAGGGCACGCUGCGCGAGGCCUGCGACACGGGCGCCUACACCACGGUCCUCAUCUCCUUCCUCCGCACCUUCGGCCACGGCAGGUACUCGCUCGACCUCUCCGGCCACCCGCUCGCCGGCGUCGGCGACGACAUCAAGCACUGCCAGUCCAAGGGCAUCCUCGUGCUCCUCUCCAUCGGCGGGCCCGGCUACGGCGGCGGCAGCUACUCCCUCCCGUCCGCGCAGUCAGCGGCCGACGUCGCCGCGUACCUGUGGGACGCCUACCUCGGCGGCAACUCCAACACCGGGGUCCGCCGCCCGUUCGGCGACGCGGCCCUGGACGGCGUCGACUUCUACAUCGACCAGGGCGGCGCGGCACACUACGACGAGCUCGCCAAGCUCCUCUACGCCUACAACAAGAACUACCGCGGCCGGCUCGGCGUCACGCUGACGGCCACGGUGCGGUGCGCGUACCGGGACCCGCGCAUGGCGGCGGCGCUCGCCACGGGGCUCUUCUCCCGCGUCCACGUCCGGCUGUACGGCGGCGACGCCAGGUGCACCGAUUCCGGCAGGUACGCCAUGGAGAAGUGGGCGGCGGAGUACCCGGGCAGCCGGGUGUUCGUCGGGGUGUCGGCGGAGGACAAACAUGGUGAUACGUCCACCGGAGACCUCAAGGACCUCUACUAUGGUAUCCUGCAGUUCGUCGAGAAGCUGCCCAACUAUGGAGGACUCAUGAUCUGGAACAGGUACUACGACAAGAAGAACCACUUCAUCAGCCAAAGCUAAUUAAACAUGCAUGCAUCCGUGUUCAACAGCAUGCAUCCAGUCAUAUCCACCCGGUUCACUUCGGCUUCAUGAUCCUCUUUUUCCUUCUCCCUUUUUCUUAAUUUCAUUUUUUAGAUAACGGAACAAAGUUUCCUUCGCCUGUUUUUAAUCUUGGUCUAAAUAAAGAGGAGAUAUAGUACUCCAUA